AUGUCAGGAAAACUGUCUAAAGCUGAUCGCGACAUUAUUGCACAACAGAAAGACAACAAUCUUGAGUCCGAUCAAUCGGUCGCAAGUAUUUCGGGCAAGACAAGGCCCAGCAAUUACAAGAUGGACGAGUCAAGGUCCAAUAGGAAAUCCAAUGUGAGAAGGAAGAAUGUCGAUAACGAGUCUAGUUCUUCGGCGAAAAGGAGCGAACAGUCCGACAGCGACGACGAUUGGUGGAGUCCUCCUCAAAGGACAUUACAAGUAACCACAGCAGAAAUAAAUCUCAGGUGGGAUCAAUUACAGUGGAAACCACACAAGGACCACUUCUUACGCGGCUCCCAGGAUUGGGGAGUUUAUAAAAAUGACGUGAUGUUCGCUUUGCAGUCGAUAGGGUAUGUUAAAGGGAUCAAAUUAACAAACCUAGAUAAAGCAAAUUUCGGAUCAAUGAUCAGGAGAUCAGUGACCGAUAACCCAAGAAGAAUCAUUGAAGAUUUAAGCAGCGGAUCGGAUAUGAUGAAAUUACUCAACAAGACAUAUCGACAGUCUGGCACAAUACAGGCUGAAAACUUUUUCAAUGACCUAAUAGAGCUGGCUUACGACGGAGGUAACGCCAUCGAUUUCGUGACAAAAUUUAGAGUCUGCGUUAGAGACUUUAAAUCAACUGGUCAGGAGUUAGCUGACAAUAUCACAAUACUUAUAUUCAAACGUGCGGUCGAGAAAAGGGCCCACAGAUGGCAUUAUGAGGCCUCACAUACCUCAAAAACCAAACAAUGGUCGUUGGAAGAACUGAUCAACGAUUUCAUCUCCAACCACAGUCUCAAGGCUUUUCAUAACACAAACAAAUAUUAUCCCAACAGAGACUUUCGGGUAAACUACAACUUUGACAACAAAAGGGGAGAUAAAGCCAAUAUUCGGCUAGGUCAAAUUGAAAAUAGAGGCAAGCUGGCCUUUAAACCUAAAAUAAAUCAGGGUGACAAGAACCCUGAGAGUAAGAACCAAGUUGUAUGUUACAUUUGUGGAAAAACUGGUCAUUAUGCAAAUAAUUGCCAUAGCAAGAGGGGAACAACUCAAGGUCCUCAUCGAUGUCACAUCUGUAGGGGCAAUCACUAUGCAAGAGAGUGCCCGGCUCGAAAGUCAGAUCAUGAUCGUCCUUUAAAUCAAAUUUCAACGAAGGGUAAAGAAAAGAUGAUCGAGUAUAAUGUUGGUGAUGAUUGGUACGAUGAGUGGAUGGAAGAAAAUGGGAUAGUAAACAACCCAGAGAUUGAAGAGACGCCACACUCAAGUAAUGAUGAUAGCUCAUGCUAUGGAGUGAGUUUAAACUUUGCCCAUCAACUGAAUAACGCAUCAAUUAACUCUUUAAUUAGAAAGAGGUGGCUGUUUGAUACAGGGGCUGAUAUUAAUGCCACUAACAACCUAAAGAAUUUUGUCAAGGAGUCUGUAAGGAACUUAAGACCACGGGAGGUGGCAAUAAGGACAGGCAGUGGAGUUAUUUAUCCAGAGAAAAUAGGCGAAGUAUGCCUCAAGGUCAGAAAUUCAAAAAAUAAAGCGAGAAGGCUCAGAUUAAAGAAUGUCUUUUAUGUUAAGAAUCUUCCCGUAAACAUUAUAAGCGGCGAAUUGUUUUGCAGAAGUGGAUGCUCAUUACAAGGUGAAAAGCUUGUUGACAGUAAUGGAAGUAUUAUAUCUUUAAUAAACGUCAAUAAACGAGGAUUUUUUCUCUGGCUUUCUGGAGAAGAUGAACCAAUGAAACAUAUCAAAUCAGGAUUCCCGUGCCAAUUAGACAAAGAACACAACAGUAAAAAUUCAAAAAUUCCCUCUGACGAAACCAUUAGAAACCUAACCUUGUGGCAUCGAAGAUUAUGCCACCCAAGCGCAGAUAGGUUGCGGUGGACAAUUAAAAAUACUACUGGCAUAAACCUAACCCCGAGUGAUGUUAUCAAUAUACCAUGUGAGGCUUGUGAUCUAGGUAAAUCUGUAAAAUACACUACCAAUGAGAGACGACGAGCUGAAUACGUCGGAGAAGGAUGGCACUGUGACUUGGGAUCGAGCAACCCUAAAACCAUGGAUGGCAAUAGUUACUACUGUUUAACGACGGAUGAUCUAUCUAGAUACCGUUUCCUCAAGCCACUGAAGACCAAAAAGGAUGCGGCAGUUGAGUUGAUGAACAUCCUGAGAAAUAUUAACGCUGAACUGCAGCUUGAAGGGAGAAGAGUCAGGUGGAUUACAAUUGACGGAGGCAGAGAUUGGGGCAUGUCGAGAUUUGAGGAAUUCGCUGCAGACCAAGGUAUAGAUAUCAUUGUGUCCGCCCCAGACAAUCAGCAUCAGAACGGAGUGUCAGAGAGAGGAAUUAGGUUCAUACAGGACGCUGCCCGAUGCUGCACAAUUCAAACAAAAAUACCAUCGGUAUUUUGGGACAAAAUAAUGGAGACAACAUGCUAUACACUCAAUAUGACAUCUCAAUCUCCAGUCGAUCAGCACAAGACCCCAUAUGAAGUAUUCUGGUCAGCUAUGAAAGGCAGGCCGAUUAAGCCAGACGUCAGUCACCUCUUAAUUCCCGGAUCAAGAUGCAUAACACAUGUAGAGAAGUCGCGCAGAAUUGCAGGAGAAAAGCUAGACCCCAGGGGUGCAAGGAGUGUGUUUCUCGGAUACAAGGGACGUAAACAAAACUUGUAUGGAUAUUGGGCGGUGGGAGAUUCUUAG